AAUGCUAGUUAGGUUAGCUCAGGCUGCGUCGGAACCAGGCAGUCCAGCGGUCUGUCCUGUUCUCCUGCCUGAGUUAGCUUUUGUCCCCCGGUAUUUUGGGGUGAUAAUGUUGUUGAGGGCAGGGCCAUGUUUCUCAGGCGCCGGUUUUUCAGCGCGAGUUGAGCGGGCCUGGUAGCUUUGCGCUGUUUUGUUUUCGUCGAACUAGUUUUGUUAGUUCGGGAUGUGUUUGCCCUUAACAUGGAGACAAAACGAGGGGAGAUUCCCAACGGCGUAUUGGACGACCUUUGCAGUCGCUUCAUCCUCCAUAUCCCCAGUGAAGAAAGGGACAAUGCCAUCAGAGUUUGCUUCCAGAUUGAGCUUGCCCAUUGGUUUUACCUGGACUUCUACAUGCAGAAUACACCAGGAUUACCUCAGUGUGGGAUAAGGGACUUUGCCAAGGCUGAUAUCCUCUUGUUUUCAGUAGCAAUUUUUAUGUUUUUGAUGUCAAGGUUAUUUUCCUUAACCUUGACCUCACUUUUUAAUCACUGUCCAUUCCUGCUUCCCCAUGGAGAAGAUGUUCAGAAGGUUUUAGAGCAGUGGAAAGAGUACAAGAUGGGAGUUCCUACAUACGGUGCAAUUAUUCUGGAUGAAACCCUUGAUAAUGCAUUACUGGUGCAGGGAUAUCUAGCUAAAUCAGGGUGGGGCUUUCCGAAAGGAAAAGUAAAUGAAGACGAGGCACCCCACGACUGCGCUGUACGAGAGGUUUUGGAAGAGACUGGUUUUGAUAUCCGAGACCGCAUCUGUAAAGACACCUAUAUUGAGCAGAAGAUCACAGAUCAGCUGGCUCGAUUGUACAUAAUACCUGGGGUUCCAAAGGACACAAAAUUUAACCCCAAAACCAGAAAAGAAAUAAGGAACAUUGAAUGGUUUUCUAUUGACAAACUGCCGUGUCAUAGAAAUGACAUGACUCCUAAAUCCAAGCUUGGUCUGGCUCCAAACAAGUUUUUCAUGGCUAUUCCUUUUAUGAGACAACUCAAAGAAUGGAUAGCCAAGCAUAAGUUGGAAUCCACUAGCAGCGAUGAGGAUUUUUUGUCUAAUGGUAGCACUCCAAGCAAAUAUUUUCGUUCCAAACCCAGACGCACACAGAUGGCGGUGGAAGCAUCUCCAGGAGAGAGCUGGACAAAACAAAAGCCUCAGAAAGCUUUAGGACAACCUGGUCAAUGUGAGCUUGCAGACUUACUGAAAAUCAAGAACCACAAUGUGAAAGGCAAUGGCAAAAAGCAUCAGGAUUCCCCCAACGUAAAGAAAAGGACGCAUGAACUCAGUAAUCAGCAGAAAGAGGAGAAGAAGCUUCUGCCCAGAAGACUGCAGGACAACUUUGAUGCAGAUGCAGUGAGUGAUGUGCAUGGCUCAAAUGGACAGUCAGACUCUUCGCAUGGUGAAUAUGAGCUGAUUCUCUCCUCAAAGUCCUUCCUCAGCUUCAAGUUUGACCGGGAGGCUAUCAUGAAGUCAUGCUUUGAAUCGUGAAGCAGACCGCUGCUUAUGGGUUUACUCUCUUCAUUUUAAAGACAUGAUCUCUUGCACCUUGAGCCACUCUGGUGAACUCUAGUGAAUUGCCCCCAUCCUGUUGUGUUUUUUCAUUUUUUUUCUUUUUUUAAUAAAGUGAGAGCGGUCAUAGGAGGAAUGUUGGACCAAUGUGACAAAGUGAGACACCUUUUUUUUUUUUUUUUAAAUACUACUUUUCUUGUUUUCUUCUAUCGAUUUUGACCGAUCAAUACAUUAGUUAUGUAUUAGUGGCUCGUUUUCAGGUUUUGGAUUAUUUUCCAAUUUUUUUUUUUUUUUUUAUAUGUCUGUGAUCAAUCAUGCAGGUUUGUUUCUGUUUCUUUUUGGGUUUUAAACAGCAGUGCACUGAGUGAGUGCUUUAUUAGGCCCUCUAUUACUCUCUUCAUGUCCUUGCCAGUAUUUGAUGCACCAGACAGACCAGUUUUAGCACUGAAACAAAGUCGAUGUGUUACAGUUAUAACUGAAUAUCUCAUUGAAAUGUUAUGUCUGCAUUUGCUGAGAGCUUGUUAUUAAGUCUGUACUAAUGCCAACAACGAUGUUCCAGUUAUUUCUGAUUGAUUGAUCGAUUGGUCUUUUAAAUUACGUUCUUACAUUGGUCUGUGCAUUUGUGCUUUUGUUACGUUAUAUUAAAUUUUUAAUUCUUUAUCAGUGGAUUCUAGAGACACCAUGCCACCAUUCAUAUGUUGCAGGUAUAAAUAAUGGGUUUAUAAACUGUGGGAUCGUGCUCAUGUGGAGCUCACAUGGACUUUAGCAGUUGAGCUUCACCAAUGAGCCCCAUCACUACAGCCCACCUUAAUCCCACACAGAUUCCGUCUACAUCCUAAUGCAGUGCAGCAACUUUAAGCCUUCCUGGUCCUGCCAAUGACCCUGAUGAGCAUCUACCCUGAUGUGGAGUCAGCGUAGAUCCCAUGGACACAACUUUUCAGCAGGGCCUUUGCAGUCUGUCAUAAAGCUUUUUAUACAGAAUACGAGAGCGCUAAUGAUCUGAUCUUGCUCUAUUCAAUAAAUCUCUUCAUUAACUAUACACACAGAAGAUACAAGGCUGUGAAUGUUGUUUGAGAUUUUUUUCUUAUGGACUACAGAAUGACCCCAUCUUCAUGUUAUUCAGCCUAUAUAGAAUAUGUAGUUUCUUCCCAACAAAAGUAAACAAAUGCUAUCCUGAGACACACAAGCCUGGUGUACUGUAGGUUUAUUAUUAGUCAGUUCUUAGUUAAUACUAGAGCUAUACACAAUUGCACAAUACAUUGUUUGCCCCUUUUUCAUUGUUUGGGAUCCACCGAGGAUGUACCAACAUCCUAUUGUGUUCUGCCUUUCCUGACGUCCUAUCUGUUUACUUAGAGUUUAAAGCUUUCUUUAGAGAUUGUCUGAAACUUUCAUGCCAUUUCUUUUCUUUUUCAAAAUGCAUCUGUUUUAUCAUGCUGAAUCAGCUGUUGCUGCUGGAGUGUUACAUUGAUUAUUCAAGCUCAUCUCAUUCACUUGCUUUCGUCUUUUAGUUUCACGUCGUCUCUGUGAAAGUGGCACUGAUUUAUUAUUAUUUUUUUGUUUUUAAACAUGAAUUGCAGUCUGUCCAGAAAUCCCUUCACUAUUAUGCAAAAGGAUUCUCACUGUGCAUGUUCUUUUGCUGAUUGUUUUAGGUUUUUUUUUGUUUGUUUAUUUUAUCUUUACAGGUAUGUGAUUUUAUUUCUUUCUUUUUCUUUUCUUUUUUAAAUAAAGGCACUGUCCUCUUUAGCUGUAA